GAUCAUUAGAAAACCCUUUUUCAAUUAUGUUAGCACAGCUGAAAACUGUUGUCCUGAUUAAAGAACCAAUAAAACUGGCCUUCUUUAGACUAGUUGAGCAUCUGGAGCAUCAGCAUUUGUGGGUUUGUUUACAGGCUUAAAAUGGGCAGAAACAAAGACAUUUCUUCUGAAACUUGUCAGUCUAUGUUCUAAGAAAUUAAGGCUAUUCCAUUCGAGAAAUUGCCAAGAAACUGAAGAUUUCGUACAACGCUGGGUACUACCUUCACCAGAACAGCGCAAACUGGCUGCAACCAGAAUAGAAAGAGCAGUGGUGGGGCCCAAUUGGCUAACAAUUGCAAAAGGGUUUUCUAAUGAUCAAUUAGCCUUUUAAAAUGAUAAACUUAGAUUAGCUAACACAACGUGCCAUUGGAACACAGGAGUGAUGGUUGCUGAUAAUGGGCCUCUGUACGCCUAUGUAGAUAUUCCAUAGAAAAUCAGCCGUUUUCAGCUACAAUAGUCAUUUACAACAUUAACAAUUGUCUACACUGUAUUUCUGAUCAAUUUGAUGUUAUUUUAAUGGACAAAAAAUUUGCUUUUCAAAGAAAUCUCUAAAUGAACCCAAACUUUUGAAUGGCAGUGAAUAUUAUUACAAAUGUGCCACAUAAUGGAAAGAGCUGCUGCUACUGUCAACUGUACUUAGGUUUCAUUGUAUCGCAUUCAAGAGAAAGGAUUAAAAAAAAUAUUAUUAUUAUCAUGUAUCUAAAGCUGUAUUUAGGAAAUUUUCAAAUCAGAUGUAAGCUGUGUCUGAUAUUUAUUGUGACAUACUGAGGUUUUAUUGCAAGAAUACUAUUUUCAGUAACAAUGUUAUUUGUGUAAUAAAGUGUCUGCAAAGCAUAACCUUCUCACCUCAUUCACUGAGCGACAACAUUAAGGGUUCCAAACAUCUGGUAACUUUACCAAAAUCACAAAGUUUUUCCAGAUUUCCUGCUUAAUUCCUUCCUAAUUCUAGACAACCUGGGAAUUUUGGUGAAGUUACAGGAAUUUUGCAACCCGACGUACCUUGUAAAAGAGAAGUGAUCAGAAACAUAUUGUAUGUAGAUCUAGAGGAAAAAGGUCAUUGCACAAAAUUGCAUCAGUUGUUUUCUAUUUCACCAGUGCUUGUACAGUAGCUUAUUGGACAUUAAUAUUUUAUGAAAACAAGCAUUGCUUGCUGAGUUUAACUUAUCCUUUUGGUUAAAUAUUUCUGAUCAUAAUGUCAAUAUUCAAACUUAUUCAUUGAGACUGUGUUGACAUUGAUUGGAGUUCUUCAGAUGGCUUCAGUCAGACGUUAUUUUGCGGUGUGUUGGUUGAAAGGACACCUAGUGGUGAGCUGUAGAAUAUGUUUGGUUGGAGGGACACCUAGUGGUGAGCUGUAGAAUAUGUUUGGUUGGAGGGACACCUAGUGGUGAGCUGUAGAAUAUGUUUGGUUGGAGGGACACCGAUGGUAUUAUCCACCCCUCUUAAUGGCUCCCAUACGCAAUCCAUGUCUCAAGGCUUAAAAAUCCUUCUUUAACCUGUCUCCUGAACCUUCAUCUACACUGAUCGAAGUGGAUUUAACAAGUGACAUCAAUAAGGCAAGAUAUUUAGAGGACAAAAAGGACAUGCUGGGCUGUAAGGAACAGGACGGUGGGAGUGUAGCACCAGCUCACUGGCUGUGAUCCUCUAACGGAGUACGGUAACCCAGCACCCUGAUUGAACAAGUAGACAUGCACCAGGGAUAAACCCAUUCCCUUCCCCAUCAAGUUCUUUAAACUACCCCCCCCACUUCUUUCUCAGGGGGUCUAGUGGACCAGUUUGGGUCCCAGACAGGCAGGCCCUGGGGUAGGGAAAAGAGGGUGAGGGAUAAAGCCUAGUUCUUUGGGGGCUGGGAGGUGAGGUGAGUAAGAGGUGUGGCAUUUGGAGGAGGGAGUGCAGCAGGAGGCACAGGGCCAGCCACAGACAGUUCUGUGGUAGAGAGGGACAGGCCUCAGCCCCAGGACUCCCAGGGUCCCCAGCCGCAAGACGGCCCAGCCAUGUCUAAAGGAGGUGAGGCUCCAGACGGCGGGGAACACCCUCGCUUCUUCGUAGGCUGCGACGACAACGAGGGUGAGGAAUUGCUGGACCCCGGGCGGGUCAUGGGCUACGACUGCCUCUACGAGAAUGUGGAAGAAGAGGAGGAGGAUGAGGACGAUGAGAUGUAUGAUUCGCCUCCUGAGAGGCAGAUCGUGGUGGGCAUCUGUGCCAUGUCCAAGAAGUCCAAGUCCAAGCCCAUGAAGGAGAUCCUGGAGCGCCUCUGUCUGUUCAAGUACAUCACGGUGGUGACCAUCGAGGAGGAGGUCAUCCUCAACGAGCCUGUGGACAACUGGCCACUCUGUGACUGCCUCAUCUCAUUUCACUCCAAAGGUUUUCCAUUGGACAAAGCAGUAGCCUAUGAGAAACUCAGAAACCCGUUUGUCAUCAAUGAUCUGGAUCUCCAGUACUACAUUCAAGACAGGAGGGAGGUGUACCGGAUCCUGAAGAACCAGGGCAUCCUGCUCCCACGUUACGCCGUUCUCAACAGAGACCCUGCGAGACCAGAGGAGUGUAACCUGGUGGAGGGGGAGGACCAUGUGGAGGUGAACGGUGAAGUGUUCCAGAAGCCCUUUGUGGAGAAGCCUGUGAGCGCCGAGGACCACAAUGUCUACAUCUAUUACCCCACGUCGGCCGGAGGGGGCAGCCAGAGGCUCUUCCGCAAGAUUGGAAGCAGAAGUAGUGUUUAUUCGCCCGAGAGCAAUGUGCGAAAAACCGGAUCCUACAUUUAUGAAGAGUUCAUGCCAACGGAUGGAACUGAUGUGAAGGUGUACACAGUGGGGCCGGACUACGCCCACGCGGAGGCCAGGAAGUCCCCGGCCCUGGACGGCAAGGUGGAGCGGGACAGUGAAGGCAAGGAGGUGCGCUACCCUGUCAUCCUCAACGCCCGCGAGAAGCUCAUCGCCUGGAAGGUCUGUCUGGCCUUCAAGCAAACGGUCUGUGGUUUCGACUUGCUACGUGCCAACGGCCAGUCGUACGUGUGCGACGUCAACGGCUUCAGCUUCGUGAAGAACUCCAUGAAGUACUAUGACGACUGUGCAAAAAUACUGGGAAAUAUCAUCAUGAGAGAGCUGGCUCCCCAGUUUUCCAUCCCGUGGUCCAUUCCUCUGGAGGCUGAAGAUAUCCCUAUUGUCCCCACCACCUCUGGAACCAUGAUGGAGCUACGGUGUGUUAUCGCUGUGAUUCGUCAUGGCGACAGAACUCCCAAACAGAAAAUGAAAAUGGAGGUUCGGCACCAGAGGUUUUUUGAUCUAUUUGAAAAAUGUGGCGGGUACAAAAACAAAAAACUAAAGUUGAAAAAGCCAAAGCAAUUACAGGAAGUGCUAGAUAUCGCAAGACAACUCCUUGUCGAAAUCGGACAGAACAACGAUUCCGAAAUUGAAGAAUCCAAAGCAAAACUUGAACAACUGAAAACAGUCCUUGAAAUGUAUGGCCAUUUUUCUGGCAUCAAUCGCAAGGUUCAGAUGACGUACCUUCCACAUGGGUGCCCCAAAACAUCCAGUGAAGAGGAAGACGUGCGUAGGGAUGACCCUUCUCUGCUGCUGGUGUUGAAGUGGGGUGGGGAGCUGACUCCGGCAGGCAGGGUACAGGCUGAGGAGUUGGGGAGGGCCUUCCGCUGCAUGUACCCUGGAGGACAAGGUGACUACGCAGGAUUCCCAGGGUGUGGCCUGCUGCGCCUCCACAGCACCUACAGACACGACCUGAAGAUCUACGCCUCUGACGAGGGACGCGUUCAGAUGACAGCCGCUGCCUUCGCUAAGGGACUGCUGGCGCUGGAGGGCGAGCUGACACCAAUUCUGGUGCAGAUGGUGAAGAGUGCCAACAUGAACGGGCUGCUGGACAGCGACAGCGACUCUCUCAGCAGCUGCCAGCAGCGCGUCAAGGCCCGUCUCCACGAGAUCCUGCAGAGAGAUAGGGACUUCACUGCUGAAGAUUACGAGAAGCUGGCACCCACCACCAGCUCCUCCUUGAUCAAGUCCAUGCAGAUGAUCAAGAACCCGGUGAAGACGUGUGACAAGGUGUACGCUCUCAUUCAGAGCCUCACUCUGCAGAUCAGACAGAGGAUGGAGGACCCCAAGUCAGCUGACAUCCAAUUGUACCAUAGCGAGACUCUGGAUCUGAUGCUGCGGCGCUGGGCCAAGCUGGAGAAGGACUUCCGGAUGAAGAACGGCCGCUACAACAUCAGCAAGAUCCCAGACAUCUACGACUGCAUCAAGUACGACGUGCAGCACAACAGCUCCCUCAACCUGUCUAACACUAUGGAGAUCUACCGCCUGUCCAAGGCCCUGGCCGACAUCGUCAUUCCACAGGAGUAUGGUAUCUCUCAACCUGAGAAGCUGGACAUAGCCAAGGGCUACUGCACCCCCCUCAUUCGCAAGAUCCGCUCCGACCUGCAGAGGACACAGGACGACGACACCGUCAACAAACUGCACCCUGUGUAUUCCCGUGGAGUCAUGUCCCCGGAGCGUCAUGUCAGGACCAGGCUGUACUUCACCAGUGAGAGCCACGUGCACUCCCUGCUCUCCAUCCUCCGCUACGGAGCUUUCUGUGACGAGACCAAAGAUGACCAAUGGAAGAGGGCCAUGGAGUACCUCAAGGUGGUCAGCGAGCUGAACUACAUGACACAGAUUGUAAUCAUGCUUUACGAGGACCCUAACAAGGACCCUUCGUCUGAGGAGCGCUUCCACGUGGAGCUGCAUUUCAGCCCGGGAGCCAAGGGCUGUGAGGACGACAAAAACCUGCCCUCAGGGUUUGGCUACAGACCAGCUUCUCGAGAGAACGAGGGAUCCAAGAAGAAGUCUAAGGAAGACAACGACGAGGAGUCGGCCGCCGCCAACGCCAAGCGGGACGAGCCGGACCGAGCAGCCCUAAUGAUGUUCAGGCCACUGGUGUCUGAACCCAUCUACAUCAACAGAAAGUGCCCACUGCCCCGCUCCAAAAAGAUUGGCUCUGUGGAGUCCCCAUUGCAGCCAGACUUUAUCAAGACCGCAGCUGGCAAAGAAGAGAGCCCCCUGAGUGUGUCUAGCCCUGACUCUAUUGGUACCUGGCUUCAUUACACCUGUGGUGUUGGUACUGGGCGUCGAAGACGCAGAUCAGGGGACCAAAUCACUUCCUCCCCUGUCUCCCCCAAAUCACUGGCUUUCACAUCCAGUAUUUUUGGCUCAUGGCAACAGGUUCUGUCAGAGAACAAUGCCCAUGCACAGCGACCUGGUAGACUAUACUCUGAACACAAACUCACCCCAGGAGUAGGGUCUCAUUGCGCUGGUCUCUUUAGCACCAUGGUGCUCGGGGCCUCCUCCAGUGCACCUAACCUACAAGAUUAUGCUCGCGCGCACCGUAAAAAGCUGACCUCUUCUGGCUUCUUAGAUGAGGCCACGCGUGGGUCUGCUGUAAAACGAUUUUCUAUCUCAUUUGCGCGACACCCAACCAAUGUCUUUUCCAGUAUGUUCUGUGGUUUUGAGCUGUACUCCAUGGUUCCGUCCAUAUGCCCCCUGGAGACCCUGCACAACUCGCUCUCGCUGAAACAGAUAGACGACUUCCUGGCUUCCAUCGCUGCAUCUCAUGAGUCGCUCCUGGACAUCUCUGCCUCCUCCCCAGCUGCGAAAAAAACUCCUUUGAACACUUACACUCCUGCAAAGAUAUUGCCCUGCCCUUUCACGCAGGGCAAGAAGAAUAUGGACAGGGCUUCAACUGGGAUCAGCUCAUCGCCCACUAAAGAACCCCGGUCUGGCCCUGCCGACCCUUCCCCAAACGCUGCAGCAGGGGAUAAAGCAUCCCAGUCGUCCCCUUCUCAGCCCACCACAGAAAGUAAAGCAGCCCUGCAAUCCUCCUCUGAGGACCUGGAACCUCCUACUGGAUUCUCAGCCACCCUGAACCCAGCAACUCAACACACCUCCAAAGAGAAACUGGAAGCCUCAACCCCAGACAAAUGGGUCAAGCAGACUCUGCAGCAUGAUGCCCAAAGUUGCAAAGUGCCACCACAAACUCAGAGUGGUGACGUGUCACCACAAUCCCCUGCCAAAGGUGCACCAAGUGGCAAAGUCCCUUCAAAGAACCCCACCCAAGAUAACCUGACUUGUAAAAUGUCCCCACACUCACCUUCCAAAGAAAUCCAGAGUGGUAAAGUAACACCACAAACGUUUACCCAGGAUGCACCAAGUGGUAAAGUAACACCACAAGCCCCUUCCCUAGACCCCACAGAAAAGGGUUCCAAGACUUCACCCCAUGACAUAGUUCACCAGGGACUGAAUUCUAAAGGGACUCUUGGAGAAGGUGCCAUGUCUUUGACCCCCAGCAAGGAAAGGGAGGCAAAGCUGGACUCCAAAUAAACAAAUGUUCUGUUCAAGGUCAAAACAAUAUUGCAAUUGUUACAUAAUUAGGAUUAGAUUAACCAGAAAUCACAAUCUCGUCUAGACUAGGGUUAUUUGUUACAAAAUGCUGUUACACAUUUAGCUGAGCUUACAACAUGGCAAUUUCAUGAUGUUUCUAGGGAGGGUGUCACUGUUGCACAGUGUGUGUAAAAGGCACACUUAACUAAGACAUGCAAUGUUUUUGUGAUUGUCUCUGCUACUGUAUGACUGCUUCCCAUUUGAUUCACCUGUUGCUAGCGUCUUGUAUAUUUUAAUGUAAUGCCGAUGUAUAGAAUUUAAAUGUUGAAUAUUCUGCUGCCUACAUCUCGCUGGAUUCCUGAACUGAGACUAAUGGAAUGGAUGUUCUGGCUCAUCUUGAGGCUACAAGGUCCAAGCUAUGUUUAAAGGGUCAGAUAAAAUAUACUUGUUUCCUGUACAGGGUACAUAUGUUUUUCACCUAUAUUUUCAGACCUACUCUGAGCUUGCGCUUCAUUUCCCAUUCAUGAAACUGGAAUCGGAAGUGUCUGCCUUGUGCACACUGUAAUGACCAUCAUUUUCACUCUUUAUUACAUUGUAAUCAAACAUGUAAUUGUUGUGUGUGUGUAUAUAUAUAUAUAUAUAUUCAGAAUAAAAGUUCAGGGAAAAUCCUAA